AUGCACGGCCCGCUUAUGCCGAUUCCCCCACCACGCAACCUUCAGCAGCCAAGCUCAGGGUCUAGACGCCCGUCCAGGCGCUCAGCCAGGCACGAGGCGUUUGGGAGCGCCGCGGCGCUCGCCACGCCCGCGAUAGCGGCCAUCGACCCCGCGUCGAACCCUAUCACGGCUGUCGCGGACAGAAUUCUGCGGACCCUGGGCCUGACCGGCGCGCGCGAGCUCGCCGACCCCGAGGGCGCAGUGCUGGGCGUCGCGCCCCCCGGCAGCCUCCGCGGCGGCUACUCCCAGGCGCCCGUCACCAAGUCCGAGAUCGGGCGCGCCACCUGGACCUUCCUCCACUCGGUCGCCGCCGACUUCCCAGAGCGGCCCAGUGCGCGGGACAAGCGCGACGCGCGGUGCCUGAUGGACCUCCUGACGCGGCGGUACCCGUGCGAGGAGUGCCGGAAGCACUUCGCGGAGAUCAUCCGGUCAAACCCCCCCCGGGUAGAAUCUGGAAAGGAUUUUCGCAUGUGGAUGUGCCACGUGCACAACAUCGUGAACCGCAGCAUCGGGAAGCCCGCGUUCAACUGCGACAUGGUCGCGCACCGCUGGGGCGAGGUGGACUGCGAGGGCUCCCUCUGCAACGUUGGCCAGGCCGGCGGAGGGCGGUAG